UAUUUUAAAGAUUUCCGAGUCAGUCCAGUUAUGGGCGUCAUUUGUCAUUUAAGCGUACCUACACUAAAGGGGCGUCUCAUGACUUGGAUCAAGGCGUAGCUGCAUGCUAUAGGGAAGUGAAAACGACAUUAAAGUCGUAAAAAAGUUAAGAUGGACCUCUGACCGACGCGGACGACUAGGUGACGAGUGACCUGUGGUCGGAAACAAAUUACCUCGCCUUACUUCGCUGUCGACAGCGGAGUAAUGAGAUGUGUUUGAAGCUCAAGAUCGCGGUGGAGAGCUUUGUUCCGACAAUACGGGGGAUUGGGAUGAAUGUAUGCAGCACUAAAGAUAACAGUUAUGCAGUUUAUUACGGAAGGCUCACAGUCCUAUCACGACUUAUUCGAUAGUGGCGGACCUCAGCACUAUCAGCGUUUAACCUCAUUUAGUUUGUUUGUUGCAGUGCGGUCGCAUCUAAAUACAGAUAUCUAUUGUCGAUGAACUCUGUUUUUGAUAUACUGGCGGUUAACCAGGUCUCCACAAGAAUCAUGAAGAUGGGAUCGAAUACAACAAAACAUUUUCCGUAUGAGAUUGAGAGGUUAAGUGAAGAGGAAAAUAAAAAAGUUGCAAGCAUCUACAAUGGUGGGAUAGUUUUGAGGUUCAGUCGUAUUGGUCCUCAAAAAUACUUUAUGCCAAAGUUUUACGAAAAAUUUGCUGAGCGCAUUUACAACUUAGAGCUGCGAGCGGACGAUAUUUUCGUUGCGUCAUUCCCUAAAUGCGGUACUACAUGGCUUCAAGAAUUGGUCUGGCUCAUCAAUAAUGACUUGAACUACGAUAGAGCCCAAGUGAUCUCUCUCACUAAAAGAUUUCUAUUUCUAGAAAUAGAAAGUAUAGCAGAAGUGAUAGAAGGAGAGUCAAAUGAUUUGGCAAAAAAAUAUAGAGAGGCAGUUCUGUUGUUUAAUGAUAUUGUGACAAUGCCAACUACAUCGCCCCGCUUUAUCAAGACUCAUUUGCCUCUGUCACUACUACCUCCGACUUUACUCGACAACAAUAAGGUGGUGUACAUAGCCCGUGAGCCGAGGGACGUGGCAGUGUCAUACUACUAUCAUAAUAAAUUAACAAGGUUUAUUAACGAUGAUCCCGACUUUAAAUCAUUUUGGAACCUUUUCAAGAAUUCUGAAGUGAUCUGGGCACCAUUUUUCCAACACGUUCAAGAGGCAUGGGAGAAGCAAAAUCAUCCCAAUUUUUUGUUUUUAUUCUAUGAAGAUCUUCUUAAGGACCUUCGAGGCAAUGUGCAGCGUGUUGCAGAGUUCUUCGGUAAAUCACUGACAAACGAACAGUUAAUUGGGCUGUGCGAACAUCUGACAUUUGACAAUUUCAAGAAAAACAAGGCAGUCAAUUACGAACACAUGAUUAAAAAGGGUAUAUUUACAAAAGAUGGCGCUUUUAUCAGACAAGGCAAGUCCGGGUCUUGGCGAGACCACUUUGAUCCUGAAAUGACUUUAGAAGCAGAUCGUUGGAUCAGUGAAAAUCUACAAAACACGGACCUGCGCUUUCCAAACAUGGAAAGUUGAAGAUAUAUAAUAUUAUUACAAAAACCAAAACUAACUAAAACUUAGAAUGUCUGAAUAUUUACGCAAUUUCUUAUUCAAUUGUAAAUUACAUACGGCUUGUGUUUAAACGCCUACUAGUAAAGUACCUAUGUUACUACCAAAAAAAAACGAAAUACCUGCCAGAAUAGAUUGUGUUUCAUAAAGUAUUGUAGAAAUGAACCUAUUUUCCUUAUUAUUCUAUACCAUAAGGAUUGACCCCCUUAUUCAUAAUGGUCCGCUAACUUUAAACAGCCGCUAAGGAGUGUUUUUUCUCAUUCGUUUAUGAUUAUUAGGUCAAUAGAAGAAGACAGAGUGAGAAUUAGCAAUGCUUUAAGUUAGCAGACUAUUAUGAAUAAGGGGGUUAUACCUUAACACAUUUAAAGUUAAAUUCAGACCAAAUAUUUCAUAUUAUCGCUAAAUAGGUGCUACCAAUAUUUAAUUUCACAACUUUGAAUUUAGUUUUAGUUUUAACGAGGCAAAAAUGUUAACGCUUGAUAAUAUUUCUUUUUUGAAUAUCAAAUAUAAUAUUGCGUAUUCCAAACACAUGUUACUUGUUUAUUAUUUUA